UACAUUAUCUGUAAGGUGUAUAAAGGUUCUUGUCACCCCCCCUUAAGAAAUAGGCAUCUCUUUAACGUUUCCUUUUUUCCUUCCUCUUCCUUUUCCUCCCAGUAGAUUCUUAGACGCCACCAUGCUGGUCUCUCGCUGCCUGCUGGUUCGUCUGGCCAUCCUUCUCAGUGUCCUCCUGGUGCAGUCCUGUGAAGGGCAGUCUUGGGCCGCUUUUCAAAAGAAGCACAUCAAUUACCCCAAAACCUCAGCCCCCAACCUCAAUGCUUACUGCAACCUCAUGAUGGUGCAGAGGAAGCUGAAUCCAGCGGUGUGCAAAGUCACCAAUACCUUCAUCAACAACCCCACGGAUUCUGUCCAAGAUGUCUGUGGCAAUGGCGGGAAGCAGUUCAAGGAUAAAUUAUAUGACAGCAACAAUCCGUUCUCCAUGACCAUCUGCAGGUUCAUCAAUGGUAAACCUCCUAAUGACUGCAAAUACAAAGGCACAGUUACCUCCAGACGCAUUCGUGUCACCUGCGAAAACAAGAAGCCCGUUCACCUGGCAAAGCUGCUGUGAUAGGCAGAAAACCACACAAGCCACGCUCUGCCCAUUGAAGCCAGAAUGCUCAUUUGGCCAUUUCUACCUGCAACACACCCACAUCAUUGGCUUUUCCCGGUUUAACAGUCAUUUGCCCUUUCCAGGGGACCUUGGGAGCUGUGGCCCUAAGAGCAAUGACGCCAAGCUUCUAACUAAGUAUU